UCAAAACCUAUUACCACAAAACUGAAGUUUCCCCAUUAAUUUUGUCUGUUCUACCGGCGCAGGAAAUGGAAAGGAUUUAUUAUAAAUAAUAACAACCUUAUUGACUUAUUUUUGUCUUUUUCCUCAAGUAAAGAUCUUUUAAACAGAGAGAAUGAAGAAUAUAGUAUGUUAUAUGUUUAUAUUAAUUUGUAUGAUUUUAAUGAACAAUGCGUUUGCAAAACGAAUAACUUUACAAGGAAUAAAUAAACGAUCAAUGACGAAUCAUGAAGUGCGAGAUCUUUCAAAAGCAUCUGAUGGGAAAGGUGUCAUGGUAACGCCUGGAAAGCCUCUUACUAUCAACUUUUGUAUCAGAGUGAAUUCAAAAGUGCUUCUAAACAAUCUAAGAUUUUCCAAUUUUAAUACAAGUGCUUUAUUUAGAGUUUCAUUAGAUCAUGGCAAAUGGAUGGGAACAUAUUUUGCUCCUCCAGGGGAUAGUUAUAAUAAUUUUAGAAACACGGGUAGGUUUCCAAAACAGCAUGAAUUUGAAUCCGGAUGGCAUGUUUUGAAAAUCAAUGUAAGUGAAACAUCCUCUCCUAUAGCACUUGAUCAAAUAGAAUUUGAUGUUUUUGACGACUAUAUAACUGAAAAUAUUUUAAACUGUGAAACCAUAUGUAUACCCGAUGGCAACUUUCCCGUAAAAAAUCUCCAAUUAACAUCGCAAGCAACCAUGGGGACAAUAUUACAACGUUCAGAACCGACCAAAUGUGCAGAAGUUGAUAACAUAAAUGUUGCGCUUUUUCACCCUUACAUCAGCGAGUUUUCAAUAACUGCAUCCUUGCCUCAGUAUCUUUCAUUCUCGAACAGAAAGGAUGAAGACCUAUCCAACUGUCCACAUCUAUCACACAUUGUGUGGAAGUUUAAUCAUUUUCGUCCUCAGCCAGGUAUGCAGGUAUUACGAGACAAGGAGUCUUCCCUUCUAGUAACCAAUGGAAAUGGUCAAGACAGAAAGGGGAAACACAUUGUUGUAUUAUUUUAUCUAGAAGGUUUAAGCAAAGGUAGUAUCGAUUCUAGAAUUGGAUCGCAUUUGUUUCUGCGUUUUAAAUCGCUAAAUUCACGUACAAUAGUGAAUUUGAAAUACAGAGAGGCAAAUGGUAGUAUGACUGAAUCAGCAGAAAAAAUUUAUGACUCGUCUACAUUGGAACAUAUGUGGAAAAUUCCAGAUUUUACAUGGAGGGAGCAUGUUGAAAAUUAUCUAAUUUUAUCUGUAGAAAGUCAAUCAAAUGAAGACUUUGAAAUAGAUGAACUGCGCAUGGAAAAAAGGCCUAUGGUAGCGGACUCUGUCGAAACAAUUUACAGAAGUGAUGAUGUUAUAAUAGAGGCUGUAUUUGUUGAAUUCUGGUGGUUAGCUCCAGAAAGUAUGACUGUAACACUAACAAAUGGUAAAAAAACGAAAAAUGUAGCAUAUAUACGUUUCUAUCGACCACUGCCUUGGAAUGGCGGUUAUGCUCAAGUGCUAGUUUUAUACCAAGAUGGAAAUAUUCGUUUGCUACCAGUCGCACCAGAAGGCAUCGACUGGAUACCAUUCGGAACAUCUGUCAUUGUUGGUCAACCCCGCACCGAUUCAAAUAGACCAUAUGUUAACAUACAAGAGGUAGUAAUUGAUCCAGAACGUUGGCAAAUGGGUCUUUUAUACAAGGACGGGUCUUCUGUACGCAUGAAAAUUAACUGCACUUAUUCCGAAACACAAUUAUUUGUAAACGAUUUGUACUUUACAAAAGAUGCUUUUACAAACCCCUUUCUGACAAUACGGUCCAUGUUUGUAUCAGAAGGCAACAAUGAUGUUGACAGCAUUAAAAUCGACAACAAACAUUCAAGACAUAUAAUGGACAAUUUUGGUUCGAUACAAGGGAGAUCAUUUUCGUUUUUUAGACGGUGUAUAUCUAAACAUCUAACACUUAGUCCAGAUAUCCAAGUUGAUAUUGCAAGAACAUCUUUCAGACCAACGUUUAUACCACUGGCACAUAGACAUUUUGCUCGGCAAGUACGAAGAAUGAUGGAAAGAUCUCCGAUAAAGAAGUUGGAAACUGAUUUUCAAACAUGGCUGUAAUUCAUUUAACAUCUGAAGAAGAGUCAUUUUAAUUCUUAAUUGUGAUGUAAUAAUAUUUAAAAUGUGAGUUAAUAUAGCAAACUUAUUUUCACGAACACAUUUUUGUAAAUAGCCCUUUAUAGCAAAAACCAUGGCAAUUCAUAUUAGCGAUUUAAUCCUGGUUUGAUAUAUUCGAUACGACUUAUAUGUGUACCAAUUUUCUAAUUGCGAAAUUUGCGCCAAAAAUCGCUUGCAAAAAUUAAUUGUUUUUUUAAAUGGAUAUGUCCAUUAAUGUUGGGUAAAUCGUCUAAUUUUCCUAUUUAUUGCCAUUCGUGCAUAUACCGUUAGCGAUUUAUAUAUUUGUACUGUGACAUGUAAUUUUGAUAACAUAAUUUUAUUCUUAAACAUUGUUUACUUAUUCAAAAUAUACCUGAAUUUUAGUGGGGUUUCAUAUUUUCUAACAUGUCGAUGCAUUUUAGUGUUGUGCUAUUAUUGUGUUGUAUGUACUAUAAAGGUUAUAUUCAAUAUUGUUUAUGUUAAUUGGUCUAUACCAUGUAUUUUGAUCUUUCAAUACUGUCUCCUAGUGUUUUUGUAAAUAGAGUACAUCGACCCAGUUAUCACCACAAGUUAUAUUGAUAAAAGAGUGUCGUUUUUUUAUAUAGUAUUGACAGAUUUAACAAAGUUGCAAGACAAAAAAAUUACUUUUUGAAAAUUUGAAUCGUCUUUUUUGUUUUUGUUUUGGGUCAAUUUUUGAUAAACAGAUAAAUGAAUCUGUAGUUUCAUUUCAUGUAUUUUUUUCUUUUGUGUUUUUUUAUUGUUACUUUUUUAGUUAAUUUGUUUUGACAAUUACCAUAACUAUAUAAAUUCAAUCGGGGAUAUUUUAUAUUUUGUUGAAUCUAUUGUGUCAAUAUUGAUUGUAUUUUUUCACAUAUUUCAAAAGGAAAAUUGAUGUAAUUCUAUAUAUAUUGCACAUGCUUUCAUUUUCUUAUUUCAUAAGUCAUUCAUAUUUGAUGUUGACAUUUGAUUGAUUUAAUAAAUUAGAUAAUUAAAUAAAUUGAUUUUGUGGUAAAGAAUAAUGAAUAUUAUAUAUUACAUUAUAAAGGCAUUCAUUGUAUGUUGAUUAAGUCGUGUAAUUCCGAUAUUAUUAUUAUAAUCAUUAUAAAUAUUUUUUUUUUAUUUUAAUCAUAGCUUUGUUAAUCGUAUCUAUCACGAAACAUAUUACAGAGUAUCUCCUGUCUUACGGUACCAUUGAACCCUUAUUUCUUUCAGUAUUUCUAUAUUUGUUCCCCUGUUUGUAUGCUAACACGUAUGAUCCGUUUAUAAUUUCGUUUCUAAUUUUUGUUAAUGUAUAAACUGUGUACAUAGUUCUGCCUAUUUAUUUAUCUAUUUAUUAGACUAAGUAUGACACUUUUUUUUUGUCAUCGGAAAACUUGUACCAUCUUUUUAUCGAUUGUUAUUAUUGUAGAUAUUUAUGGCAAGUUAAUGGAUGACGUCUUAUUUCUGUUAUGUUCAUUUUAUAAAUUGCAAAUGUUUCCUUCCCAAAUAAAAACAUAUAAACCUG